GUUCUUGUGCGUAACAAAUGAAGCAUGAUGAUGUCCAGGUUUUACUUCUUUCUGUCCACUAACAAAUCAAAAACCAAAGCCAAUUGUUUGUUUUCGAUUAUGUUAUUAAAAUUAACAAUAACGAUGCUAGCUAACCAUUCUGCCAAUUCAAUUAACAGCUCUAUUCUUCACCUGCCCUUCUUUAAUACCCCAGCUAUAUACACAGCAGGCGCAUUUAUCAUGAAUUAUGUGCCCUAUUUAAGGCCUUACUAGGCAAUCAGAAUUUGAGUAGGCUGCACCGCCACAACAGAAGAAUUCACCAGUUUGCUGCAAGUUCAGACAAGAGUCUGAAUACAGGGUAGCAUAAGCAAAGAUGCCUGCUUUUACUCAGAGGGAUUUGGAUGCAGCAAAUGGCAGGGGAAAGGUUGUGUGUGUGAUGGAUGCAUCUACUUAUGUAGGACUAUCGAUUGUUCAGGGUCUUCUAAACAGGGGAUACACUGUGCAUGCAACUAUUCAGAAUGGAGGUGAAGUUGAAUCUUUAAAGAAAUUAAGUGGGCAGCGGUUGAAGAUCUUGUAUGCUGAUAUGUUGGAUUAUCACAGCAUAGUGGAUGCACUUAGUGGAUGUUCUGGUCUUUUCUACACAUUUGAUUCCCCUCAAUAUGAUGAGGUCAUUGCUGAAAUUGAAGUGAGGGCAGCCCACAAUGUCCUGGAAGCAUGUGCCCAUACUGAAACUAUUGAAAAAGUGGUAUUCACAUCUUCAGUUGCUGCAGUAGUUUGGAGAGAAGAUAGAAAUUCAAUUUCUGAUCUCCGUGAAAAGCAUUGGAGCGAUGUGAACCUUUGCAGAAAAUUGAAGCUGUGGUAUGCACUGGGAAAGACACUAUCAGAGAGGACAGCAUGGGCUCUGGCCAUGGACAGAGGCGUAAAUAUGGUGACAAUUAAUGCAGGUCUGGUUAUAGGGCCUGGCUCUGUAAAUAAAACCUCAGGAUCCACCAUAGCAUAUCUCAAAGGUGCUGCACAAAUGUAUGAGAAUGGACUAUUAGCCAGUGCGGAUGUAAGGUUUGUUGCAGAGGCUCACAUCUGUGCAUUUGAGGAAGCUUGUGCAUAUGGGAGGUAUAUCUGCUUCAACCAAAUGGUCAACAAUGCUCAGAAUGCUGACAAGCUUGCAGAGAGUUUAAGAUCACUCGCACCAUUUCCUGACAGAUGUGAAGAUUUAAGCGUGUACCAACAGCGUCUGAGCAACAAGAAGCUGACUGAACUCAUGCUUGGAAACAACAAAAUGCAAUAAAAACGUUUGGCAUCAUGUCUCAGCAAUAUAAAGCAUACCAAUUCUAUAAAAAAAAAACAUUUCGGCAUCAGGUGAAGAAGAGAAGUUAUGAAGUGAAGCAGCAAACAGUUAGAAGCAAUCAUCUCAUAAAGCGGACAAGCUUUUGAGCUUGAGUUGAACUUUGGAGCUGAGACAUUUGGAGUCUAAUCAACUACAGCUCCAUACUUACCCUGCUCAUGAAAAAUGAAUUUUACUGUUAAAAAUUUAUGCUUACCUUUAAUGAUAUAUUAGUGUGUGAAUUGAUGAUUU